CUUCGCACCCGUUGAGCGUUUUCUAUCUUGCCUUUGAAAUUAAGCCAAAUUUCAUUCUAUUCGAUCGACUCUUCAGCAUGACCAGAAGAGAUCUGGAAGACAAUACAUGCCCGUCUACCCGUUCCCAUGAGGUAUUAGGUGGGGCAGGACAGCCAGAAAAUAGUGCACACUUUGCCUAUAAAAUCGACGGACAGAGACAUGUUGCAGCACAGGGCGAUAAAAUUGGGAUUGUCUCCGCCCUGAAUGGCACGGAAAUUACGGGUUUCUCAAAGGUUCUGAAUGGCAGUGUUGUCGAAGCGCAGAAAUCGCAGUCCAGCUGUCAUGUAAUGUAUGGUGGCUCCGUAGAAAACGGGAGCAAACUUGUCAAUGGCAAUUUGGACCGAGAAAGCUUCCUUGAAUUCUUCUGCAGGAAAAAUUGAGAUUAACUACUCGCUCUUGACUGGUAGUUUACUUUUGAUAGUC